AUGGCACAGAGUCCGACAGAAGGAAGAGGAGGAGAGAUCGGCCCGCAAGACGUGCUGAGAGGAUGCACAGACGGCGCUCAGAGGACAAAGAGCAACAUGAUCCGAGUGUUCAUCAGCUCCACGUUCACAGAUAUGAGCAGCGAGAGGAAGGCUCUGCUGGAGAAAGCUUACCCAGAAGUCCGGUCCUUCUGCUGCGGGCUCGGCCUGGUGUUCGAGGUUGUGGAUCUACGCUGGGGGAUCCGAAACGUCCCAUCAGGAGACCACGAGGCCUGUGAGGUCUUCCUGGAGGAGAUCCAGCGCUGCGAGCAGAUGUCAGCUGGUCCAACGUUCGUUGCUCUGCUGGGGAACCGGUACGGCCACCGAGCUCUUCCUCGCCUCAUUCCAGAGAAACUCUUUGACGCUCUUCUGUCCAAACUCUCCAAAAACCCAGAAGGCAUUAAGACACUCAACCAGUGGUUUAAAAAAGACAGCAAUGCUGUCCCACCCACCUAUGUCCUUCAGCCAAUCAUAGCUCACUUCCCUCAUUACAUUGACCUUCGGCCUGAGAGCGGGAAGCAGCACGACAAAGAUGUCCUGUCAUGGCGCCUAGCAGAGACUCGGCUACUGCGACUACUUCGAUCUGCAGCCACUGACGCCGAGGACACCGGCAAGAUCACAGCCGAGGAGAAACAACGGUUCUACACAUCAGUCACAGAGCGGGAGUUUGAGCGUGGUUUGUGGCAGAAUGACUAUGAAUCAUCUGCUCUGCUCUUCGUUCGUGAGAUUCCCCGUCAGAAGUCCAGGGAGGGGCCCAAACGUUUUGCCAAGUUCAUGGAUGUGACCGGCGACGGCCUGCUGGAUGCCGAAGCUCAGGGACUCCUCGCCGGGCUGAAGACACGGCUCUUCGUCAAGUCACAGAAGAUCCUCAACCUGCACUCUGUGGAGCUGAGCAGAGGAAGCAUAAAUCCGAAGUGCAAGGAGCAUGCUCAGUACCUGGACAGCGUCUGCGAGCAGUUUGUCUCACAGAUGAAGGCUCGGAUUGGCGCAGCGAUGGAUUCACUGGGCCGGAGGAAGAUGUGGGGAACCACCGAGGAAGAGGAGAAGAUGGACGGGUUGGUGGUCACGGAGGCAAGGCGCCACAUUGCCAUCAGUGCUGAGCUUUGCAGAGGUUUCCAUGGCAGGGAGGGGCUGCUGGGGAAGCUGUGCCUUGCCAUGUGGGAGUCCAGUAAUGUCCGCCACAGGCCGCUGGUGGUUCAUGGUGGCGCCGGGAUGGGGAAGACGGCGGUGCUGUGCAAACUGGCCCAGGAGAUGCGUGGUGUACUGGAGGCCAGGGCAGUGGUGGUGAUCAGGCUGCUCGCAGCUUGCCACCCUCAAAAACCUGACAUUGACCACGUCCUCCACAGCAUCUGCACACAGGUGUGUUUGGCUUCUGGUCUGGCUCCGCCCUCACCGCUGACGGUCUCCACUCACUUGGAGCUGCUGCGAUUCUUCUGGGAUGUUCUUGAGCAGGUUUCCCAGCAGGGCGGUGCUCUGGUCAUCGUCCUGGACUCUGUGGAGCAGCUUGCAGACCAACAUCACGCUCACAAGCUCCGCUGGUUGCCUAUUGACCUCCCGCCCAACGUCCAUGUGGUUGUCUCCAUGGAAACCAACAGCGAGGCAUUUGCUAACAUGCGGUUUAAGUUGGAGUCUCUGGGAAGCUUCUUUGAGGCAGAGCGUUUGUCUUGCGAGGAAGGUGAACGCAUCAUAGAGUCAGACCUGCGAGCGUCUCAGCGGACGCUGACGUGCGAGCAGAGUAGCGCUGUGCUGCAAACUGUUGAGUCAUCUGGCUGCCCACUCCACCUCAAACUCAUCCUGUCUGUCGCCAAACGCUGGACGUCCUUCACGCCACUGACAGAGCUGCGUCUGGGUACCAGCACUCAGGAAAUGAUGUCACACCUCUUCCUUAUGCUGGAGGAAAAACACGGGAAGGAGCUGGUGGGCGGGGCUUUGGGGUACAUCACUCUAGCAAGGGAGGGUCUGCUGGAGGCUGAGUUGUGUGAUGUCAUGUCCCUGGAUGAUGAUGUCAUCAGUGAGGUGUACCGGUACUCCCUUCCGCCGAUUCCGUCACUGAUCCGGCUGCCGCCCCUCCUGUGGGUGCGGCUAAGGCGGGACCUUCAGGACCACCUGGAGGAGCGCUGGACUGAUGGAGUCGCCACCAUCGCCUUCAACAACAAGCGUCUGUCCGAGGCGGUCUCAGCACAUUAUCUGAGGUCAGAGCGGCGGGGGCGAAGUUUGAGGAUCCUGGCAGAGUACUUCCUGGGUCGGUGGUCAGGGAAACUGAGGCCAGCGUCUCUGCCGGGUCUCUCACUGCUGCUGUCUGACAGAAAGGUCCCGCCCCAGCCGCUGUGGUUUGCUCCAGGAUUGGCUAACAUCAGGAAGCUGCAGGAGCUGCCCUACCACCUGCUGCACAGUGGUCUGUGGGAGGAGCUUCGACAGGAAGUUAUUAGCUGUGCUGAGUGGCUGUUCAUUAAGAGCCGGCUGUGUGGUGUCUCAUCUGUGAUCCAUGACCUGGACCAGUGCUCCAAGUACAUGGACUGCACAGAGACUGGACUGAUACGAGAUGCUCUGGUCCUGAUGAAACCCAGCUUAUGCUUCCUGGAGGGACACAUGGAAGUGUCUUUGUUUUACUCCGAGCUGUUGGCCCGACUGUCCUCGCUCAACUCCGCCUUCCCCACUGUGAUUGGGCGGCUGUGUAGCCAAUGCGAGGAGUGGUUACUGAAGUAUCCGGAUCCGAUUCUCAUCCCAAGGAGCAGCUUCCUGCAGCAGCCAGGGGGGGCGCUGCAGCACACGCUAAGUGUGCUGCGGGGAGGUGUUGUCUGCAUGGACAUCAGCGUGGUGUUGAGGCUCCUAGUUGCGGGGUCAGAUGACGGCGUGGUGGAGGUUUGGAGCAUGCUUGACAAGCAGCUUGUCCACACCUUGCUGGGACACACAGACAGGACAGGCAAACAGACUGUUGGCGAGUUUCCUCUGCUUCCUUCCUUCUUCUCAGUCACUGAAGAUGAAAAAACCCUGUUAGCAGCCAGCGAAUGCACUCUGAGCCUCUUCAGCAUCCUCGGCGACUCUCUGGACCGAUUCCUUGACCUCCAGCACGACGAUGACAUUUUAUCCGCCUGUGUCUCCUCAGACGGCAGGCGGCUCGUGUCUGGAGCUGCAGACCAACUUGUACGAGUGUGGUCGGUGACCACGGGGGCGCUGUUGGACUCUCUGUGUGGGGCGGACGCCCCUGUCACCUGUGUGCUUCUCUUUAAUGACUUUGUGGUUUCGGCCUCGACGGCCACCUCUUCCAUCCUGCUGUGGAACCUGAAGUACGACGCCAGCACCAAACCUGCCAUCCGCAUUCCUGCAGACUCCGCCCACAUUGCCCUCACCAAAGACGGCGAUCAGGUUUUCUAUGUCCACCAGCAGAGCCAUACCGAGGUCAUGAGCUGGAACAGCCACACAGGUUCUGUGUGCGAGCGUUUGCCCGUCUCCUCCGAGGUGUCCUGUCUGGAGUUGGCUCAGAACAAACGUCUCCUCCUCUGCGGCCUGACGAGUGGCACCGUGCUCAUCUACCCGUUAGCCCUGCCUCAGGAGACGCUUUGCAUCCCCCCCCCGGAGAGCCUGUGCAGGGUCCUCUGCCUCACCGCCGGCACCAAGGAGAAGCACCUGGCGGUGGCCUACGAGGACUCGGUGUGCCUGUUCGAGAUCACUUCCAGGGACAACUUUCCCACGGUGGAGGGGCCUCUGGAGAAGUUUGCACUGCCCCUUCUCCACGCCCCGCUGUCCGCCAUGGCCCUGCUUCCCGACCGCAGGCUGCUGUAUGGCACGAGCUGUGGGGAGGUGAAGCUGUGGGACUUCAGCAGGGGUGGCGACGUCUCCGACUUGGAGCCUCACCGCAGCGGAGUGACCUGUGUGACGGUCAGUAACCGGGGGGCUCAUGCUCUGGUGGGCUCCGAGGACACUGUGCAGAGGCUGUGGGCCCUGAACCCGCUGGCCCUGGACCACACCAUGGAGUACAAGGGCUUUCUCUUUGAGGGCGUCCUCUCUGCUGCGUUCUCUGAAACCGACCGCUUCGUCUUCACCGGGUCUCAGGACCGAACCAUCAAAGUCUGGGACGUUGCAUCAGGAAACCUGCUCUUCGUUCAGUACGUCUACUCCCCCGUUGUCCGAAUGGUGACCUUCAGGGACGGCUUUGUGGCCAUAACCCGGCAGGGCGCCAUCAUCAGAGAGCUGUUUCGGUGUCCAGACCACAUCGGGCCCGACUACAACCCUGUGAGGAGUUUCAGGGCCCAGUACCGGGUCACCUCUAGGGAGAAGGACCGGGAAGGACCGCAGACCUCCGUAUCCAACCUGCAGGACUUUAACCCCACCCAGUUAAACCUAAACCUCGUGGGCAUGUUCAAAGCCAAACCCUCCUCUGCAUGCGUCAUGCUGUAGGACAGCAGGGCCCAAGUCACGGCUCCCGGACCUUCACUGGCCGUUCAAGGAGGGGAAAAAAUGUUAUU